AUCCCCUGUAUAGCCGGCUUCUCCACUUCCAGGGGCGCGGAGGUGGCCUCUCCAGCUAGUGCUUCCGGACGCGCGAGGUUGCCAGCUCUGAGGGUCCUUGCGCGGCUGUAGGAAACCUAGGACCGUGCCGGGGGCGCAGCCGGCACCGCCCUCCGCGCUCAGUACGAGUAGGCCGAUUGUCGUGUUAGCCUCCGGUAGGGAAAUGGUUGUGGUUUCGGUGCCCGCCGAAGUCACUGUGAUCCUGUUAGAUAUCGAAGGUACCACAACUCCGAUUGCUUUCGUGAAGGACAUUUUAUUUCCUUACAUCAAAGAAAAUGUUAAAGAGUAUCUGCAGACACAUUGGGAAGAAGAGGAGUGCCAGGAGGACGUCAAUCUUUUGAGGAAACAGGCUGAAGAGGACUCCCACCUGGAUGGGGCUGUUCCUAUCCCUGCUGCAUCUGGAGAUGGGGCAGAUGAACUGCAGCAGAUGAUCCAGGCUGUGGUAGACAACGUGUGCUGGCAGAUGUCUCUGGACCGAAAGACCAUAGCCCUGAAGCAGCUGCAGGGCCACAUGUGGAGGGCAGCAUUCACAGCAGGAUGCAUGAAAGCAGAGUUCUUUGAAGACGUAGUUCCAGCAGUCAGGAAAUGGAGAGAAGCUGGAAUGAAGGUGUAUAUCUAUUCUUCAGGGAGUGUAGAGGCGCAGAAGCUGUUCUUCGGGCAUUCCACAGAGGGCAACAUCCUAGAGCUUUUUGAUGGUCACUUUGACACCAAGAUUGGACACAAAGUGGAGAGUGAGAGUUACCGAAAGAUUGCAAAUAGCAUUGGGUGUUCAACCAACAACAUCUUGUUUCUGACAGACGUUACUCUAGAGGCCAGUGCUGCUGAGGAAGCAGAUGUGCAUGUAGCUGUCGUGGUGAGGCCUGGCAAUGCAGGAUUAACAGAUGAUGAAAAGACCUACUACAGCCUCAUCACAUCCUUCAGCGAACUGUACCUGCCUUCUUCAACCUAGAGUUGGAUUGCUAAGGAAGACCAAACUGUUCUCACAGUUUUCCCUGUAGUCUAGUUUUAAUCUAAUGGUAAAAGUGACUUAUGUAAAAAAUACAUAUAUACACACACAUCUGUAUGCAGUGUAUAUGUGUGUAUGUUUAAAUUACCUUCCACAAACACUUAAGUGGGAAAAAACUCGGUACCGUGAAAAGGAGACUUAUUAAAGAUGCUUUACAUGUAAAAAUUAUUUGAAAGCACAAUGCUAAUCCUUACUAAGGACAAGAUGUAGUUGAUAGAAGACCUACCACACUUCAGACCAAAUGCGUGACAUUUCUUAAGUCAUAUACUCAUGUGGUAGAUCUGAGAAAUUACUCAGAAGCCGCCUUGUUAUUUUAAAAAUGAAGUAUUUCAGAGACUUACUCAUAAUAAUAGUUCAUCUCCCUUUUAAAUUAUGAGUUAGAAGACUGUAAUACCUGAAUUUCAAAAUAUUGGCCUUCCUAGAUACAAAAACAAAGCUAUUUGGUUUUGCUCCAAAAGAGAACAAAAUUUGGAAAGGAAACUCACUUGACUCUUGAUCCUUCAAGUAUCUAUUAUUUUAAAAACUUGCUAAUCAUUCUUGUGCCCCCAGUGAGCAGUUGCCUUACCAAUGAAAAAGGUACACUGAUAAAAUAUCUAAAAUAAAAAUGUGGUUCUUAAUGUUUAACAAAACAGUCUGAACCCUGCCAGCUGUUACCGUAAGUUUUAUACUUGCCUUUGUAACUACUUGGCACAGUUUGAGAAUAUAUGUUAAUUGCUGUUUACUAUUAAAAAACAAAACAUUUACUGAAAUCAGUCCAUAAGACCUAGAAAAGCCCUGGUAGGUAAUAUUUUCCUCUGAAAGGGAUGUGUGAAAUGUAAAUUUUACAACAGCUUAUUUAUCCUGGUUAAGUUCUAAUGGGAUGUCAUGUCAAUUUCAUGUUGUGAUUAAUAAAAACGUUUUCUUCUUCA